GCCACUCGGAAUCAACUCUUCCACUAAACUCACUGUUUUUUGCACUUUAUUUUGUAUUCUUUUUUUAUAGAGGUUUUUAUAUUUUAUAGAUAGAACAAUGGAAACUACAUAUAAGUAUUUCCACUUUAUUCUCCUAUGUCUGAGUUUUAACCUAUUCACCUAUGCGUUGUAUUCACCUGUGGAUGUAUAUGACAAAGUGGUCGAGCUAGUGUCGCCAGGAGAGGAAUACCUGAAUGAAAUGUCAGUUCGCUCCUUUUUCAAACUGUUAGAGAAGCGUGUGCAGUGCCCUGGUGUGUCGUGUGAAAAGUGCCUCUCUGUGCAGUCAGUGGACCAGCUGGUUGGUAACUUCACCAGUGCUGGUGGUCUCCUUAACAAGGAGGGCUUCUUCAGAGUAGCAGCAGGAUGCUGCCUCUACCUCAGCUCUCCCACCGAGGCCUGCUCUGCCGUGAGGGCAGGGAGGUGGGGGGACGAGACCGACCACCUCAUCCAGGAGAUCACAGGCCAUGACCACCACGGACACAGGCACAGGGAUGGACACGGAGACAUGGAGAGCCGUGGGAUAGAGACACUGCUCCGAAACAUGGAGAAGUACUACAAGCCUGAUCAGCAGUACGACCAGCACUGUCUCACUGGUCAAGACAUCUUAGAGGAGAGCAGCGCGUCAACGAGUAAUGGUGACCCACACAACACGGAUGUGGUGUUUGGAUACAUAGUUUACCAUGCUUUACGAGGUGACUGCAUGACGGCCAGAGCACUACCUGAAGAAGACUAUUUUCUGGAUUUCAUAUUCAACCGCUUCGGCUCCGACAACAUCACUAUUCACGAGCUGGAAGGUCUUAUGAAGAGCCUGCAACUGGGUGGAAUCCACGAAGAGGACCACGGUCAUGAACAUGGAGACCAAGAUGGACACAGCAAUGGUCAUGGUCACGAUGACCACGUUGACCAUGACCAUAGUGACCACAGUACCGUUAGUGGGGGUCGGGGUGGUCGGGGUGGUCGGGGUGGUCGGGGUGGUCAGAGUGGUCGGAGGGGUCGAGGUGGAAGUGAAGCCUUCAGGCAGAGUCACGAGGAGGGGUACCACCAGAGGAACAUCAGCAGCUGGGACCUGACAUGUUUCAGCCCAGAGGAAUUGGUAAAGAUCCAUGGGCUAAAUGGAUCUAGCCUGUCCAGGUCUGACGUGGCCCGGCUUAGCCCAGCCCUGGUCCAGCAGAUCCUCAGUGGGGCCUGCAACAGCACCUCUCCCCACACUGGACCAUCAGACCAGCUCAGCACCACAGAGAAGUAUGUGUAUGCCACCAUCGCCAAUCUGCUGAUCUGUCUGGCCGCUGUGGUUGGCGUUGUGGUGCUGCUGUGUACCUCCUGCAGUAGUGUCUUCCAGCUCGUCAUCCAGUUCUGUGCCAGCAUGGCUGUGGGCUCCCUCACUGGGGACGCCCUGUUGCACCUCAUGCCUAUGUUCCUAGGCCUCCACGUUCACAGUGAAGGAACAGAUCACAACCACUCAGAGGAGGUUCCAGACUACAUCUAUAAGAUACUGGUGCUGAUGGCUGGCAUCUACUACUUCUAUCUCAUGGAGACUAUCUUCUCCAUCGUCACCACUCACAAGGACAGCCAUCACCAUGGGGUGGAGUCUGAGCCCCAUCACUGUGACCAUGGUAAAGUCCUGGAGAUGUAUGUGCAGGACAAAAAGAACAAGCAGUCUGUAUCGCAGACAGACCUGGUUGAUAGCGAUAACACAGAGAAAGCAUUUCCAGAACGAAACGAACGCUCAAGAGAACAGCGUCUGCUACCUUACAUGGUUACCAUAGGGGACGGGAUACAUAACUUUGCCGACGGCCUGGCUAUUGGAGCAGCCUUUUCUGAGUCCUGGAAGUCAGGCCUUGCCACGUCUCUGGCUGUGCUCUGUCACGAGCUGCCUCACGAACUGGGUGACUUCGCUAUCCUGCUGCACAGCGGGGUGUCAGUGAAGAAGGCCUUGAUGCUGAACGUGGGCAGUGCCCUCACAUCCUUCAUCGGACUCUACAUCGCCCUCACCAUCUCUACUGACCUGGCCACCAAGCAGUGGAUCGCUGCCAUCACCUCCGGUCUCUUCCUGUACGUGGGUCUGGCUGAUAUGCUCCCCACCAUGGUCCAUGCAGACAACCGUAGGCCCUGGCUCAUGUUCCUGCUGCAGAACGUAGGACUGCUGUCUGGCUGGGGCAUCCUGCUGCUCCUCUCCCUGUAUGAGGAUAAAAUUGUCUUCUAGAGCCUCCUAGUCCUAACACUGUACAGUACAAUACAGUUAAAAACGACACUAUGCAGCCUAUGCUAUAAUUGACCUGUUUUGAGAUAUUUACUUUAUCUGUAACACGCUUGGUAUUUCUAUAUGAUACAACGUUUCCUAAAAUUACUUUCCUAUAUGUUAAAUAUGAGUAUAUAGGCUAGUUCUGGUGUGUCUUAUGCAUUUAACACAUAGAAGUGUAAUCUGUUGGUGUUUUGUAUGGACACAUCCUGCCAUUGGUGCUAAUGUUACUAUUUGAAGGGAUAUCAUCUGUAUGUGAUUAGUUCAAACUGUAAUUUAUAUGACCUAUAUUUAUAAUGGGACUCACAGGUCCUCAGGCUACUUCCUCUCUAAUUGCCACACCUUUUGUAUUAACCACAUAUACAGUGCCUUCAGAAGGUAUUCACACCCCCUGACUUUUUCCACAUUUUGUUGAGUUAC